UAUCCACAAUGCCUCAUUCCGUGUCUUCUGCUUCUCCUUCAGAUGAUGGAUCCGGUGAUUCUCUCCCAGGCUUGCUUGCUGGUAUUUCCUUGGGAGAUAGUCCUGAGACAGAAGCAGUAGAAAGGGAACCUAGUCGGCCCAAUCCGUCUGAGACACACCGCUCUCCAGUGUUGGAGGUUGGGCCGGUAGAGCAAAACAGUCCUGUGUUUAGUCCCUCCGCGGCACAUAUUUCCAAUGGCAGUGAAGCAUACCACGCAGAGUACUCUGUUGACGAACUCACGCGGAACGUGAUUCCGCAGCAGGUUGCUAGACUCCAGAAACCGCAACGAUUCAUACUCAAUGAGACCGAUGAUCUAUACAUUCAAGGGAAGGAAUUCCAGACGAAAUGGGGAAUUCCAGACAAUGGCUUCCUCAAUUGGAUAGCAUUAUUGUCAGGCUGGGUGGAAUUCCCGGCUAUUUUGUUACUCAACCCCAGUCCGUGGGAUCACCUGUCGUUUGAUGACAUGCUGCGGAAAUCGCCGACGCUUUCUUGGCUGCAGAAGAUCCUGCAGAGUAUGGGGCUUCAGCUCGCCGACGUGAUCAUCCUUGACACGUUCCCGAUGCUCCGGGAUAAUCUCAGAGACGAUAUUCUGGAGCAGAUGGGGCCGGCGAGGCGGGACGAGCUGGCACGGGAAUCGUUUGCGCUUACGAGGGCGACUCUCGAAUUGAUCCAACCACGGGUGAUGAUAUCCUGUCAGUGUUGUACGAAGCCAAACAAUGAGAGGUGGGAAUUCUUUAACGCCGACAAUCUUGCACAGCAACUCUGCUCAUCAGUGCUCAGAGCGCGAGAGAGGCGGGUGCGGGAGUUAGAUGUGAAUGGGCAUCGGAUGCAAGUGGUCCAAGGAAUGCAUCCACAAUACCUGGUGAAGCGAGAUACAACUCAGGAAGAGGUGCUGGUGGAACUGUUCACGCAGGUGUUUCGAUCAUUCGGGGCUUGGCAGUCACGACGGCUGACGAUGGAAAAGGAGCUCCGUGAUGCGGGAGCGACAUUAUUGAGCCUGGUGGCGCUAUUGCAGCAGCAGAUACAGCGUUAUGGGAAAUUGUGUAAGCAGGCAGGGAGUGAGAUGGAUGGACCAGUGACAGCUAAACAUGUAGAGGAACUUAGAACGCAGUUGCAUGGGUGGGAGUGCAGGCGCAGUGACGGCGCAGCUUGAGCAGUAUGUACGUAGAACAUCUUCCAUCCAGAUUAUUAUCAGCUUCGCAGUCUCCAGUCGA